AUGAUUCGUUGUAGAAUGAUUAACUUAAGGAAGGGUAGGCUAUUUGUUAGCAAUUUUAGGCGAAGUUACAAUGUUUUAAGGGAGCUACGAGACAGAGGGCUUGUAUCUCAGGUAUCAGCGCCUGAGGAGAAACUAGAAGAGCAACUAGAGUCCGGACAGAAGGUUAAGUUGUACUGUGGAGUAGAUCCUACUGCUAAAUCUAUACAUCUGGGAAAUCUGGUGCCUCUGAUGGUUCUUUUACAUUUCUACGUUAGAGGUCACGAUAUAGUGACACUAGUUGGUGGUGCUACUGGAUGUGUCGGUGAUCCGAGUGGGCGAACCACUGAAAGAAGCCUAAUGGAGGAUAAAACACGGCUGUCUAAUGUGUCAAGUAUAUCUGGACAAUUGGAGAAAUUUUUCAUUAAUGGUCUAGCUUAUUACAACACUAAGAAUAAGGAUAGAAAUGAAACAUUACCGGGGAAGCAUAUAAAAGAGAAUAAUUACAAUUGGUGGAAAGAUGUUAAAAUGCUUGAUUUCUUAGCCAAUUAUGGCAGACAUAUAAGAGUUCAAUCUAUGUUGGCAAGAGACUCAGUCACGGCUAGGCUGAACACUCAAAAUAGUUUGGGUUUUAACGAGUUCACAUACCAGAUAUUGCAAGCAUACGAUUUCUUCCAUUUGAAUAAAACUUAUGGUGUCAGCAUUCAGGUGGGUGGUAAUGACCAGUGGGGGAAUAUUACAGCGGGUAUAGAUCUUAUCAGUAGACUUUCCUCACGAACCAAACAAGCAUAUGGUGUUACGGUGCCUCUGUUACAAACAGCCUCCGGUGAGAAAUUUGGCAAGAGUGCAGGAAAUGCAGUAUUUAUAGAUCCCAGCAUUAGUACACCUUAUGAUAUAUUUCAAUUUUUCUUGAAUACGCUGGAUGAAGAUGUACCAAGGUUUCUGAAGACUUUUUCUUUUUUGACCAUUGAAGAGAUUGAGUCUAUGACUAAGCGUCAUAAUGAGAAACCUCACUUGAGACUGGGUCAAAAAAUGUUAGCUAAGGAAAUUACAGAUAUGUUAUUUGGUGUAGGAAAUGGGGAUAAAGCACAAAGCAUUUCUAAUAUUAUCUUCGGGACCAUGGAAGAUAAAGAGAUGAAACUUUCAGGCUUGGAAUUAAUAGAUAUGUUCAGAGAAGCAAGGAUUUUGCAGCAGGCUAAGAGAGGUGAGUCUUUAGUAGCUUUGGUUUCAAGAUUAACACACAGUUCAAAAUCAGAGGCUAGAAGGAAGAUUGAACAGGGAAGUAUAUACCUUCACACAAGUCGUGUGAAGAUAACUAAGGAUAUUAAUGACUAUAAUGACUAUUUAAUUGACGAUAAAGUCUUGCUGCUAAGAAUUGGUAAACAAAAAUGCUUUGUCAUUGAGAUGCAGUGA